GUGUUUUGUCCUACGUUUAAUGGCGCCUAACUGGAAAUCCCACUCAAAAUAUUUACACAUUGGACUCUCCGAAAUCCUUCGCUUUCGAGUUUCGAUUAAUUCCAUAAUCUUCUUAAUUCUAUACACAUUCUGGGACGGCUGUGCCUGAAUGCAAUACCUUUUUUUCUCCAUUCUACGGAGAAAAAAAAGAAAUUUGCUUAUUGCUGUAGAUAUUGUUGAGGGAAAUGCCUCGUUUAGAACUGGAUGUUUCAAGGAAAUGGGAUGUGAAUGAAAUUAUCACUCCAUCAUCCUCGCUUGAAGAACAGAGCACCACGUCUAGUCAGCCUUCACUGGCUCUAUUCUUUUUCCUGGGAGGGAUAGUCAUACUCCUCAUUGCACUUAUCCUGAUAUUUGUGUUCCGGAAAACUAUUAAACCGGCAAAAUUGAAAAUGUUCAUUCCUCGCACAAUGAAGCAACCAGUAGCGAAGGAUGUCAUAAGUGGAAAUCUUCACACAAUAAGCUAUUAUGAUUUCCAGACACUGAAGAAGGCUACCAAAAAUUUCCAAGAGAAGAACGUGCUUGGAAGAGGUGGAUUCGGACCAGUUUUCAUGGGGAAGUUAGAAGAUGGGAGGUUGAUUGCUGUAAAGAAGUUGUCACUUGACAAAUCACAACAAGGAGAAUCGGAAUUUCUUGCCGAAGUGAGGUUGAUCACUAGUAUACAGCACAAGAACCUGGUUCGUCUUCUGGGGUGUUGCUCUGAUGGAGCUCAGAGGCUACUAGUGUACGAAUACAUGAAGAAUAGGAGUUUAGACCUCAUCAUAUAUGAGAAAAGUGGAACAUAUUUAAACUGGACAACUCGCUUCCAAAUAAUUCUUGGGAUUGCUCGAGGGUUGCAAUACCUGCACGAGGAUUCACACAUCAGGAUUGUACACAGGGAUAUCAAAGCGAGCAACAUUCUCCUGGAUGACAAAUUUCAACCUAGGAUUGGAGAUUUCGGCCUAGCCAGGUUUUUUCCUGAAGGUCAAGAUUUUCUCAGCACUAGAUUUGCUGGAACCUUAGGUUACACUGCGCCUGAGUAUGCCAUUAGAGGAGAAUUGUCUGAAAAGGCCGACAUAUUCAGUUUUGGAGUAUUGGUGCUUGAAAUUAUUAGCUGCAGGAAAAACACGGAUCUUUCUCUGCCCUCAGAAAUGCAAUACCUCCCUGAAUAUGCCUGGAAGCUAUAUGAGCGGUCGAAGUUGGUCAAUCUCAUAGAUCCAAGAAUCCGAGACAGGUCUCUGGAGAAGGAUGUUUUGCAGGCAAUUCACGUGGCCUUCCUAUGCCUUAAGCCUUGUGCGAAUUUAAGGCCCCCAAUGUCUGAGAUUGUGGCAAUGUUAACGUGCAAGGUAGAUGUAGCUGGAAAACUUACUAGACCUGUCUUCUUGGAUGGAAAACAAAGGAAAGACGAGAAGCUCUUGUGGGAUUCUACUACAGAGCCUUCCCCAUCUCCACUGAGCAGUGAUUCCCCUUCAUUUCCCUGGCCGCCAGGUAAAGAUUUUAGUCUCUCAGACAUAAGAUCUUCCUAGGUAAAUCAUUAAAAAAAAAAUAAAAAAAAUAAAAAAAAUCAUCCUUGUGAUUUCAGUGUAUCUUGUAACAUAUGCACGAACCAUUUUGUUCCUUUUUUGGUAGGAUGAGCAGCUUUAUUUCUUCAUAUUUUUCGCUUGGACAAUUCAUUUUCAGUAGAAGAAACUGGCAAUCAUUAUUGCA